AUGUCUAACCCCUUAGACUACACUGUCGGCUGGAUUUGCGCAAUCACUACGGAGUUCAUUGCCGCCCAGGCUUUUCUCGAUGAGAAACAUGAGGAUCCCGACGCUGUUGCUCCGAACGACAAUAAUGUCUACGCUCUGGGGCGAAUGGGGAAGCAUAAUAUUGUAAUCGCCGUCUUACCGAAAUCGUCAUAUGGCACAACAUCUGCCGCAGUAGUCGCUAGGGACUUGGUUCAAAGUUUCCCGAACGUCCGCAUCGGAUUGAUGGUCGGCAUUGGCGGCGGUGCGCCCAGCUUGAUGCACGACAUCCGCCUCGGCGAUGUUGUAGUCGGAUGUCCUAGUAUUAGAGAGGGCGGCGUUAUUCAGUACGAUUUUGGUAAGAUGAUUCAAAAUCAGGCUUUCGCUGAAACCACCCAUUUGAACCAGCCACCUCAAUUGCUGCUUACAGCUGUAGGCGCUCUUGAGGCCAAAUACGCCCUGGAAGGCAACGAGAUAAAUGACGCGGUAGAAAGCGCACUAGAACAGAGACCGCGGUUACGGAAGACACAUUCACGGCCACCGACAGACAGCGACAAGUUAUAUGCCUCUGACUAUGUCCACCCGGUGCAAUCUACUGCAUCUUGUUCAGAAGUCUGCGACCCAGAUCGUGUCGUUGUAAGGCGGCAGCGCGAGGACGAUGAUGAAAGUCAGCCUGCCAUCCACCAUGGAUUAAUAGCCUCGGCAAAUCGGGUCAUGAAAGAUGCACUGAAACGAGACGAAAUGGCUGCCCAAAGAAGUGUGUUAUGUUUUGAAAUGGAGGCAGCUGGCUUGGUGAACCAUUUCCCCUGCCUAGUGAUCCGCGGUAUCUGCGAUUAUUCAGACACACACAAAAACAAAGCCUGGCAGGGUUUCGCGGCCAUGACUGCCGCAGCGUACGCAAAAGAUCUGCUCAAGCAGAUUGCACCCACCAAGGUUGAAGCAGAAACAAAAAUCACAGAUGUACUGCAAUCUAUUGAACAAAGUCAACUCCAGCACACCCAGGCGUUGAACGAAACAAAAGCUGUGAUUGAAGACGUGAGGACGGGUGCGCACCUCAAUCGCAUCAAAAAGUGGCUUAACCCUCCUGAUGUAUCGGUCAACCUCAAUCAUGCGAGGCAACUACGUCACCAAGGCACCGGCCUAUGGAUCUUUAACUCAUGGACCUUCCAGCAAUGGGGCAUCGGGAUACGCCAGCACUUAUGGCUCUAUGGCUUGCCGGGGUGUGGUAAGACUGUCCUCAGCACCACAAUUCAUGAUGCACUUGUGAUACAAGGCAUUCGUGUCGUGUUGCAAUUUUUCUUCGAUUUUGGUGACGGGCAAAAGCAGACAGUGGAUCAUUUGGUCCGCUCACUCAUAUUCCAGCUUUAUACCGUUACAGUUGGUACUCAGAACCUUGAAAUCUUGCAGAAGCUUGAUAGUCUAUUGAGCUCAAGCACUAAUGGAAGCAGCCAGCCAACGAUGACAGAGUUGUCAAACUGUUUUGCUUCAAUGCUAGAGGCUGCCGACGAUGUUUGCAUAAUCAUUGACGCGCUAGAUGAAUGUUCGAAUCGGAAGGAGCUCUUAACCUGGAUAACAUACCUCGCUUGCUCCCCUUGCCUCAGACACAUCAAAUUCUUGAUCACGAGUCGUCCAGAAGAAGAAUUCCGACAGAGAAUUCCACUCAUAACAGGAGUAGAUAACUGUAAAUCUCUUGAUGUGGCCCAUGUCAACGCAGACAUUUGCUCCUACGUUCAAUCUAGGAUAAGAACAAGUCCCGGUUUUAGAAGAUGGGCGUCCCGACCUCUGGUUCUUCAACAAAUUUGCGACCAAGUUGGACAAAAGGCUGAUGGAAUGUUCAGAUGGGCAGCUUGCCAAUUGGAUUGCUUAGAAGAGUGUCUUAGUCUCGAGGAGAUUGAGGCUACCCUCAGAAGUCUACCCAAGGACCUUAACGAAACAUACGGAAGAAUAGUCGAUCGUAUUCCACAGAACCGUAAGAUGAAAGCGACGCGGCUUUUACAGUUUCUUAUUCAUUCAUCUCGACCUCUACUCUUGGAAGAAGCGGUGGACCUACUAGCUGUGAAGCCACAAGGAUUCGACCAGGAAUACAGACUCCCCGAUCCGAAAGAAAUUCUUCGAUACUGCCCAAGUUUGGUUUCGGUGGUAGUUGAAAUGUCUUGGAACAAACGACUACGGAAACUUCAACUUGCUCACUUCUCUGUAAAAGAGUACCUUCUCAACUCCGGACGGAAGGAAUUUGGGCCAUACGACACUGGUAUCGCGAUCACUCGCACCCUUCUUGCCUACUUGAAGAGUUCAUCUGGUAUCCCGUACCCGAAAAGCUUGUCUGAGUUUCCUCUACUCAGGAAGGCUGCAUAUUGGACAGAGUUCGCUCGCCUUUCAGAUGACUCAAGGGACGUAAUCGAACCUGCUGUCACCUUCUUGCAGAAUGAAAGGCUGUUUCACUUCUGGGAGAAGCUGGACGAGGAUACUAGACGCAAAGAGGAUAAAAACGGUACAUUAUUGCCCUGGCCAAAAGAAACUCUACGGAAAGAUGCCCUGUCUCUUGCCUGUGCGUAUGGGCUACGUAACAUAGUUAAAUCUCUGUUAGCUUGUGGGGGAUAUCUAGACACCCCACACCGGGCGAUGACUGCUCUUCAAGCCUGUAGCUUCUCUGGGCUUUGCGAUAUAGCAGAACUCAUCCUGAACAUGGGAUUUGAUGUCAAUACCGAGGGAAGUUAUUGUGUUGUGGCAUAUGCCGCAAGCCACGGCCGAGAAGAUAUGGUCAAGUUGUUCCUUAAUCGAGGGGCAAAUGUCAAUUUGCACAAGACAACCUACCAGUUCACUACUCCAGUCGUGGAAGCUUCCAGAUACGGUUAUCAAGACAUCCUGCAAACGCUCUUAGAAACCGGGGCUGAUGUUGACUGGGAUGGUCGCGAAGGAGCACUACAUGAAGCUUCGUACUUCGGUCAUGAGAGAGUUGUUCAGCUACUCCUAGCUUAUGGGGCAGAUGUCAAUGCGAAAAAAGCCUGUGGGAGCGCUCUGCUAUCUGCCACACGCGGCAAUCAUGUUGAAGUUGCUCGCCUUCUUUUGCAAGCAGGAGCGGAUGUUAAUUCAAGCUCGGCCACGAAUGACACUCCGCUCAUCAACUCUAUAAGAAAUGGGAAUGUAGCGAUUGUGAAGCUACUUUUGGAACGUGGCGUAAGAACCCGGCCACCAAACCGGCAGCUCCUAGGUCAUUCUACAGAUACAGCUCACAACGCCUGGGCACUGAAGAGAUUGUCAAGGAGAGACGAUCCUCUUAGAGAAGCUGCAGAGUAUGAUCAACUAGAAAUCUUACAGUUAAUCAUACGCCACGAGAAAAUGAAUGAGAAGCGAGAGAAGCAAGACUGCCUGGAGGCAUUGAAGGAAACCAUACGUAACGGCAACUUCGAAGCCACCAAGACCAUGCUAGAAUACGGAGCCGAUGCAAAUGCGGAAAUAGAAAAUUACGGCUCCGUAAUCAUCUAUGCAUGUUUGCUACACCAACAGGAGAUUGUUCGACUUCUUUGGGAAUUCGGCGCAGACAUAAGUGUGACAGUCCCUACCAACGCCUGGGGCAUGCUUCUACCUCGUAGAGAUACUGGGGUAACAGCUUUUGAAAUCUCCCAUUACGCCCGAAUGACAGUCCUUGAAAUAGCCCAGCACGACGGAAUGGCGAAACUGGUGAAUUUGUUUACCCAUUCAAAAGAGGUGUCAAGACCUUUGCCUAUCAUGCAGUCACAAGGGAGCGACUCCAUGAAUUUCUAA